AUGGAUUGGAAAUCACGCGGAAACGCGUUCCGAAAUAAUGAUAUAAAUGUGGCUAAAAUUUAUAACAAACAAAAUAAUACACUCAUCAAAGAGUAUAACAUCUCCGGAGCGUUGGAACCGUUCGCCAAAUUUGGCAAUUCUUUUAUAGUCGAGCGAUACGGACAACCCCUCAGAGCCUAUGGAGCAAAGAGUUAUCGCAUUGAACUUCAAAAUCACUCAUCCAAUUGGUUCGCAUCAGUCUAUCGGUUGUCAAUCAUUUAA